UGGACCUCAAGGGCAAGAUGCCCAACAAGAUGAUCAGGAAAGGCGUGUUCAAGGACCAGCACUUUGACCAGAACCUCAACUUCCUGUACACCGAAGUAGACAGAGUUACUGAAAGGGAGAAGGUGACAGUGAUGAGCACCAUCAACCCCACCAAGGAGCUGCUGGCUGACAUGGUGGGCUGCCAGCGUCUGCCCGAGGACCAACGCAAAAGGUGGCCCAGCUCAAGGACCUGCUGGACCAGACACUUAUGCUGGACCCGGCCAAGAGGAUCAGCAUCAACCAGGCCCUGCAGCACCCCUACAUCCAGGAGAAGAUCUUCUGACCACUUCGUACUGUAUCCACUCAGUCAUGCAUUGAUUGCUGCAACCAGUACUGAGUCCUUAGUUUGACUAUGGUUGGACCCCCAUCCCAUCUGGCACUGCUGAUGGAGAGGAAGUAGUAUUAUCUAUCUUCCCCUGUUUGACACACACACACACACACACACUCCCGUUUUUCAUCGAUCUUCUGGAUUGUGUAAAUAACCGUAGUAGGGCUCCAAGCAGAAUGCCUGCUGCAUAGCAUAUGUUCAGUUUCAGCCUACCUGCAAGUCAGAUAGUUCUGUCUCAUUAUAAGCCCUGGACAGUAAGCCACUCGAGUUGGACUUUCAUCCAAUCAGAUCUUCCGUUUUUUGAUUGGCCCCUUGCAGGUGACUGAAGGUGGAUGAUAUUUUUUGCUGUAAAAAAAAACAAUGUGAAUUCUGAUUGGGUUAAGUAAAAUGUAAAUUCUGAUUAUUGGGGAGGGUUAGUCAAAUGUGAAUUCUGAUUGGGUUAGUCAAAUGUGAAUUCUGAUUGGGUUAGUCAAAUGUGAAUUCUGAUUGGGUUAGUCAAAUGUGAAUUCUGAUUGGGUUAGUCAAAUGUGAAUUCUGAUUGGGUUAGUCAAAUGUGAAUUCAGAUUGUUGGGAAGGGUUUUUGAGUUAACGGUCAUUCAUGAGUUGCCAAGGCAAUGACAAGCAGGGAGGGUAACCCAGUACCCUUACCCUUUUGAGUGGGAUGUUUGUACAGUGGGUUGACUAAACUCCUGCAACCUUGUCAGCUCCUUUGACUUACUGUUACCUGUGAUGUGGUGCAGGGCCAGCAUAAAUGAUGUCUAUAUCCGCGUCUCCCCCAGGUAUUGAAAGCCCCCAUCCACCCUGUCCCCACAUCCUGGUGUCUGUGCAGGCCCUGGUCCGCAUGCCCGUUCUGCUGCUGCCUGUAGGUCUGUCAGUG